AUGGUCUGCGGCACCACCUCAGCAGCUAGCGUCGGGCUGGUUACAAUCCUCGUGCCCUCUCUCGUUAUACCGUUCGUCCUUGCCAACGUGGUCGGCUGGACCAUAUUCGGAGUGCACAAGCACCGCAAACACAAGCGUCAACGUGAAGGCCGUGGUGCUGGCGAUGGAUCUGCAGCAGGAGCGGGCAAUACUUUCGUCACGAGUACAGGACCGAGUGGAGAAACCGUGGUUUCUGUUGUGCCAGCCGGCGCUGCUGGUAGCGGUGGUAGUUCUGGUGGCAGCUACGGCGGUUCUGGCGGAUCUGGAACUACAGGAGCGUCUUACACGACGGGUGGAGUGCCUGUUCAGAGACAGGAAGUGGUCUAG